CGUUUCUUGUAGUAUUAGUCCGUAUCAUAUCAGCGGUUAGUAUGUCAAAAAAGAACACAAUGGACAUCUCUAAAAAAACUAAAGCUGUCAAAAUCGGCGUCCUGUCAUAGUGUCAAACAAGGUAUAUUCUCUUUGAGUCAAACGAACGCCUUUUAAACGGCAAAUUGUUUUUGUUUUACCCGUAAUUCUCUUGUAAAAACAGAUUCGCCUUUCUACAAUUUAAAGUUCGACGAGUGCCCGAUUAUUUAGUUCCGGGCGAUUACACACCAUGAAAUUCAAGUUCUGUUCGGACGGCGACUGUCCGUUGUGGGCGUUGGCGGCGCUGCACGCCCUCUCCAGCCUACCAGCCGCCCUGUUCCGGACUCUGCUACAACAUGUUAUGGAGGAACAACCUGAUGACGGCAUCAUGGAAAUCCUGAAAGACACGAGUUUAUCAUCCCGCGACGAGUGUGCCCGUGCCGCGGCUGUCAUCCGAUGGGUUGUGCAGCAGUCCUGUGCUUGUGCAUGCACCGGUGCACAGCUCACUCGUGACUUGCUCGUGCUGGGUGUACCUCGGACUCAUGCCAGCGCACUAGCCGAUGCAGUGGACAACUACAGGCCGGAGCAUGUGGCGCAUGUUGAGGCUAAUGGUUUCAUGAUAAACAAGCUGACAGAUGUGACAACGACUCCUGGACCUGAAGGGACAGUGGACACCUUUACCCUGACACUGCACAGCAAUGACGUAUUCACAGGAGAACAGCAGAAGAAAGAACUUCUCAUUGAGAAGUCUCAAGCUAUGAAUCUUCUUGAAGAUCUCAAAAAAGCGUAUAAGAAGAUGGAAGAAGUUGAAGAGUAGAAAAGAAAGAUUUUUGGAUGUCCUUGUAAAUUCUUGUUUUUAAGCUAAUUGUAGCUUGACAGAAUAUUUUUAUGUCUAAGGGCCUUGUUUGAUUAGGACACAAUGGUCAUACAACCUUGCUGUCCAUAAAGACACACACACCAGAACAAACACUAGAAAUGAACAGUUGGUUGUACAACUGUGUAAAUUUUUUGCACAACCCCUUUUUUUCAACGUCUUUGGCACAAUCCAUGACGUACGACCACGAUGUCCUAAUAAAAAAGGUUCUAAGGUGAAUAACACAUUACGAGAUUGCGUAAAUUCAAUGUGUUAUGUUCUCCACUUAAGAUUUAUUGCCAUUUUACAUUCCAAAUAUUUUUAUGUGGACUCAUAGGUUUAAAUUGUAUUCCUCACAUAAGUUACACGUAAAUUAAACUAAUUAAUUUAAA